UUCAUUCACCUCAUUCACAUUCGAAUGCAACCAAAAAAUGAUGAUGAUGAUGAUCAUGACUUCUUAGAUUCUAAAGUAAAAGAUACUAUCUUUUAUUUAUUGGUAAAUAAUCAGAAACAAACAAUAAUUAAGAGAGCUGACCUAACCAAAUAUAUAAUAAAGGAUAAAUCUAGAUAUUUUGAUCAAAUAAUUAAAAGAGUUGCAGAUGAAUUAAACCAAGUUUUUGGAUAUGAUAUAACUUAUAUAGAAUCUCAAAAAGGUUAUUUAUUAUUCAACAAAUUACCAACAGAUAGGACUUUAUUAAAAAUCUCACAAGAAAAAGAGACAAAAUUAUCAUUAAUUUUUCUGAUUGCGAGCCAUAUUUAUAAUUCUGGAGGGUCAGUAACAGAAAAAAGCCUUUGGAAGUUUUUAAAGUUAUUUGGUAUCCAACAAGAUAUUGAACACACUCUUUUUGGUGACGUGAAAAGAUUGAUUUAUCAAUUGUACGUUAAAGAAUGUUAUUUCGAAAUAGUUGACCAAGACCAGGAAACUGAAUUAUAUUUUAAAUUUGGUCCCAGGUGCCUUCUAGAAAUGAAUAAUGACAAUUUUAUACGGUUUAACAAUGAAUUGAUACAACUGUAAUAAAUAAUAACUCAAGAAAAAUUAUUGUCUUGUCCAUUUUGUUAAACAUUACUUUUGAAAUUAGCCUUAAUUACCUUUUUAAAAAUAUAGCCUUGCUACUUUUUGCUCUAUUUUGUGACUCAUUGUCAAAGUAUUAUAUAUUUUAUGUUUUGUAUUUUAAAUAUCCCACGAAAGGGUUAACGGGAUAAUCAUGCAAAAUAUAUUCCCAAAUAUGAGAAAGGGUUUCUUGUCUCCUCCCUACCAACCUUAUAUAAUAUAAUUAUUAUUUGAGUUUGGUACGGCCUUAAAAUUAUAAUAUAAGCGCCAUCUAAAGGAAUUUUAUAUUAUUUUAAAUCUGCAAAGAAAAUGUAUUAAAAAUGUUACAAACUUUUUUGGAAUUGUUAUUAUUGUAUGAAGAUUAAAAUUUAUUGUAAACAUUAGGGGAGACCUGGGGUAGUCUGCGCAAGGGGCUGGUCGGUUCAACGGAUUUUAUAUAAAAACCAUACAUGUUUAGAAAUUCAAAUUUAAUUAUGUAAUAGCUUGUAUAAUAUGUAUAUUUGAAUAAAAAUAUUUUAUACCCCUCA